AUGGGACGCUGGCCCAGCAUUCGGCCAUUGAUCAACCAAGAAGCCGUGCAGGUUGCUCGAACACUCUGUCGACGGUACAAGAACGUCAACAUUCAACCUGGCCUGCUUCGAAGCCACGGUUACCUGGAGGGCAAUACCCGCAUCCUGCUUAACACAGAGUUUGACCUGGUACAGGUCGACGCCAGCACCGACAGUAUGCUGGAGAACGUACAGGGGCUUCCAUGGCUUGCACAUGUCCGCAGACUGGCUAUCUCGAAGACAGGGGUCAGAUUUGCGCCAUUUGAGUCACUCUUGCAACUUGUCGACUCUCUCCCACAUCUCAAGGAACUAUCGGUGUUGGUGCCUCUGGAAGACCCCAACCUGCCGGCCCAGGGUACCCGUUCGACGCUACCCCUGGACGAGUUUGGCUUUCACCAGUUCGAGGUCGCUGGGGACAUGGACGUCCGGGCCUUCUCUGAGAAAGCUGAAGUCAGCGGCGGUAUAAUGGUGCCCAGUUAG